GCCUCGCCUGUUGGUUGAUAUAGUACGUGUCUUGAAAACAUUCUAUAAAUAGCACACCAUUGAGAACCAUAAUUCCGCAAGAUACCUCCUUAAACACACCAAAACUAGCUAGCUCAAUGGCUGGAGUUAGUAUAAGUAAGCUAAUAAUGCUCAGCCUUCUCAUUUUGGCAUUCCUUCUUUCGUCUGCCGUUCAACCAAUGGAUUCUUUCGGACCAUCUCCCACCACCCUCAUUGAGGGCGCUGCUGACGAUAAAAUUCCUCCCGGCAGUCCUCAUCGCCCUACUUCUGGUGGUGGCGCGUCCUCACAUGUUGAUACUUUCCAACCAACCACCCCCGGCAACAGCCCCGGCGUUGGUCACCACCGUGUUGCCCCCACCUUAAUUAGUAAUAAUGACGAAAUUCCUCCCGGCAGUCCUUAUCGCCCUACUUCUGGCGGCGGCGCAUCCUCACAUGUUGAUACUUUCCAACCAACUACCCCCGGCAACAGCCCCGGCGUUGGUCACCACCGUGUUGCCCCCACCUUAAGUAAUAAUGACAAAAUUCCUCCCGGCAGUCCUCAUCGCCGUACUUCUGGCGGCGGCGCAUCCUCACAUGUUGAUACUUUCCAACCAACUACCCCCGGCAACAGCCCAGGCGUUGGUCACCACCGUGUUGCCCCCACCUUAAGUAAUAAUGAUAAAAUUAAAGCCGUUGGUCCUAAACCUUGAUGGUUGUUUUGAUGGGCUAACGAUAUACGUAGUAUAUAUCUAUAUGAUAUGUGUCAUAUUGUCAUGCGUGUAUGUAUGUAUACAUCAUACAUAUACGGAGUAAAUCAUUACGAAUAAGCCAGCACAGCAGUGUGACAUGGCAUACCUUCUACCUACAUGUGUGUUUGAGCCCGCUUGCAUGGAACAUCACGCUUGGUUACGUUGAGUUGGUUCUAUAUGCUAAGCUUCUACGUAGUACUACGUAUUAUGUAUUCUAUUUUCUGCAUGUUUGUUUUAUGACUCAUGAAUAAAAUGAUUGAUCUAUUUUUAUAAUAAGUCAUGCCAAUAACUAAUCUAUAUAAAUAUGUUUCUUUCGAGAUCCGACUUGCCUUGUAUUUAUUAUUUGUAGAU